ACAAUGCACCUGCGCACUCUACUCUCUGCUCUCCCUGUCCCACAGUUUUUUCGGGUACCCCAGCUCAAUUGUAGGAGCACGUCCCUCACCCCGUUUGUGCGGACCGCACACACGAACCGCACCCCCUGCGGCUACUCGGCGUCUCUAAGUUCUCCGCCCCGUUGCAAAGGGAGGUGGACCAAGCACUUGUGCCUGCGCACUUCAGUCCCAGUCCGUCUAGUUGACGCUCGACCCGGUUCCUUUGGCGGACACCGGAUCCGAGGAAGGGUGCAACAGAAGGAAAGAGAAGCUGAAAAAUUCUAGGCUGGUGAUUCUGGAUGCUGCAAGGAAACCCUAGUUUUUCAUGUUCUCUUCCCCAUCUCAGUCAUCUGAGGACACUGCCAUUUCCCAAGAGAAGAGCUAAGAGGAGGAAAGAAUGGCUGUUGGACUUCUUAAAGCCAUGUACCAGGAGUUGGUAACCUUCAGAGAUGUGGCUGUAGAUUUCUCCCAAGAGGAGUGGGACUGUCUAAAUUCUUCUCAGAGGCAUCUGUAUAGUAAUGUGAUGUUGGAGAACUACCGGAUCUUGGUGUCCCUAGGACUUUGCUUUUCUAAGCCAAAUGUGAUAUUAUUGUUGGAACAAGGGAAAGAGCCCUGGAUGGUGAGGAGAGAGCUGGCAAAAGGCUUGUGCUCAGGAUGGGAAUCUAUGUGUGACACUGAAGAAUUAACUUCAAAGCAGAACAUUUAUGAAGCCCAGUCAUCACAGAAGAUAAUAGAAAAACUCACAAGCUAUGGCUUUGAGUAUUCUAGUUUGAGAGAAGAAUGGAAAUGUGAGGGCAAUUUUGAGAAACAGUUAGUUAAUCAGAAGGCAUGUUUCAAGGAAGAGACAAUCACUCAUGAAGAAGCCCUUAUUAAUAAAAGAGCACAAGAAUAUAACAAAUCUUGGGGAGGUUUCCAUCUGAACACACUGCUUCAUACACAACAGAUAAUCACCAAAGAGGAAAAAGUACAUAAGCAUGAUACACAUAAGAAAAGCUUUAAAAAAAAUUUAAUGGCCAUUAAGCCCAAGAGUAUCUAUACAGAGAAGAAACUCUUGAAAUGUAAUGACUGUGAAAAAGUCUUUAGCCAGAGCUCAUCUCUUACUCUUCAUCAAAGAAUUCAUACUGGAGAGAAACCAUAUAAAUGUGUCGAAUGUGGAAAAGCCUUUAGCCAGAGAUCAAAUCUUGUUCAACAUCAGAGGAUUCAUACUGGAGAGAAACCCUAUGAAUGUAAGGAAUGUAGGAAAGCCUUCAGUCAGAAUGCACACCUUGUUCAACAUCUGAGAGUUCAUACUGGAGAAAAACCUUAUGAAUGCAAGGUGUGUAGGAAAGCCUUUAGCCAGUUUGCUUACCUUGCUCAACAUCAGAGAGUUCAUACUGGAGAGAAACCUUAUGAAUGUAUUGAAUGUGGGAAAGCAUUUAGCAAUAGAUCAUCCAUUGCUCAACACCAGAGAGUUCAUACUGGUGAGAAACCAUACGAAUGUAAUGUCUGUGGAAAAGCAUUUAGCCUUCGUGCAUACCUUACUGUACAUCAGAGAAUACAUACUGGAGAGAGACCUUAUGAAUGUAAGGAAUGUGGGAAGGCUUUCAGCCAGAAUUCACAUCUUGCUCAACAUCAGAGAAUUCAUACUGGAGAAAAACCUUAUAAAUGUCAAGAAUGUAGGAAAGCAUUCAGCCAGAUUGCCUACCUUGCCCAACAUCAAAGAGUUCAUACUGGAGAGAAACCCUAUGAAUGUAUUAAAUGUGGAAAGGCUUUUAGCAAUGACUCAUCCCUUACUCAACAUCAGAGAGUUCAUACUGGAGAGAAGCCUUAUGAAUGUAAUGUUUGUGGAAAGGCUUUUAGUUACUGUGGAUCCCUCGCCCAACAUCAGAGAAUUCAUACUGGAGAGAGACCUUAUGAAUGUAAGGAAUGCAAGAAAACUUUCAGGCAGCAUGCACACCUUGCUCAUCAUCAGAGAAUCCAUCUUGGGGAAUCACUCUCACCACCCAAUCCUGUCAAUCACCAAGUCCUCUAGACAUUCUCAUAAACAUUUCCAGAAUUUAUACUCUUUUCUCUAUGUCUAAUGUUGCCAUAGUCUACAGUUCAUCUCACCUGGAUCACCAUGCUGUAGCUUUCUAACAUGUCUUCCUGUAUCAACUUUUGGUCCCUUUAAAUUCAUUUCCCACCACGACCCAAACUGAUUUUUUUUGAGUGUAAGAAUACAUCACUGCCUCCAAUUAAAACUUUUUUGGGGCUUACUGUUGUUCUUAAGCUAAUAUCUACAGUCUUAAAAUUGUCUAUGAGGCAUUUCAUAUCUGGUUCUAAACCUUUCAGCCUUAUUUUGUUCCAGUCUCCUUCUCUGAGCACUAGGCACUUCCCAGGACUAAAAGCUUAGAUUCUGGAAAAUCAUAGCUCUACCACUACUGUGGCAUUAUGUGACUUUGAGAAUUUGUUUGACCUAUGUAAACCUCAGGGUUUUCUUUAAUUCUUAAAAUAGGGAUAAUAAAGGAUACUGUAUUGUAGAAAUGUGAUUAUUAAAUGAAAUAGUGUCUGUCAUAGAUUGAUGCAUAUUAAGUAAUAAAUUUGCAUGUAAAGUGCUUCACAUAGCACAACAGCAGAUUUUCAAUAAGUCAUGAUAGCUUACAUGUAGUGAGUGCCUACUAUGCACCAGGCACUGUUCUACAUACUCAACAUAUAUAAACUCACUCGUCACAGCUAGAAUAAGAUUCCUCAGUGGAUAAAGUAGAACAUUCCUGGGAAGCAGCAGGUCAGAAUUGAGAAAACCCAAGCAUUUGAGAAACAUAAGUGGGAGUCUUCAUACUCUAGAUAAGUAAUCAAUAUAGACACAAGUAGUAGACCUACACCUACAACCAGUUUUAGGAAGUUUCUAAAGAUAAUUGGAUAAACCAAUCAAUAUAAAGAAAAUGGGGAUUCACACAGAAUACAGAACUCACAUUUAGAUCAAGGAAAGAAAACACUAUCACAAUUAACUCCAAAAAACAAUAAACAUAGAAAAUUCAUACUAUUCCAUAAAAAGACACCAGGCUCAGGCAAUUGUAUUGGGUGAAUCUAGGUAAAUUUAAGGUUUUGAAUUGUUCCAUACCACAGAAAAAGUACAAAUUUUGUAAAUUUUUUAACCAGUGGUUGUAAAAUUGAAACCAAAAAGGGGAUUGAGGAAAAGAAGUUGCAAAUAUAUAUAGGCUUUUACAUAUUUGAAAUAUAUGUUUCCACUCAUUCAGUGAAUAUUGAGUAGCUACUGUUUGCUGGACACUGUUUUAGAUAUGAGGAGACAGUAGUGAUCAAUACUAAGACUAUGUCCUCAUGGAGUUUAAAGUUAUUUAAAGGCUCAAAUUGAAUUGAAAUUGUUCAUUUUUUAAAAAUUGUUCUUUUUUUAAAAAGGAUACAUGUUAAAAUAAUAUUAAUGAAAUGGAACUGGAGAGUAUUUUGUAUGAGAUGGUACCACUUAUAUAAAGUUUGAAAAUAUGCAAAUUGAUGCUAUGUGUAUAUGGCUAAAUACCAUAUAGAUUUAGUGUUACAACAUUCAUGGAAAUAAUAAAUCCAAUACAGGAGUGACAUAUGGAAGGGAAAAAAUGAGAUUGAGAAAAGGAUGCAAAGGGAGAUAUGUUUUAAUCAUUUACUUCUUUAAAAAAUAAGCAACUGUGGCCAAUUCUUAUAAAUUGAUAAAACUGGUUGUUGGUUUAUAGGUAGGUUCUUAUUCUCUGUAUCUUUCAUAAUAAAAAAAUAAAGAACAUUUAAAUAUU